AGAUCAACCGACUGGGCAAGCAAAACAUGGGCUCCCCUCAGAGUAGUACCAGGCCACAUGCUGUGCUAAUCCCCCAACCAGCACAAGGCCACGUAACUCCCAUGAUGCACCUAUCCAAGCUCCUCCACUCCCAAGGCUUCUACAUCACCUUCGUCAACUCCGACUACAACCACCGCCGCUUCCUCAACUCCCGCGGCCCAAACUCCCUCGAAGGCCUCCCGGACUUCCGCUUCGUCUCGAUACCAGACGGGCUUCCGGCGUCCGGCGACGGGGACGUUACGCAGGACAUAGCGGAGCUGUGCGUGUCUACGGCCAAGAACUCUGUGGGUCCUUUUAGAGAGCUGCUGUUGAGGCUCAACAGUGGAGGACCUAGAGUGACUUGCGUUGUAGCUGACGGGGUUAUGAGCUUUGCUCAGGGCGUUGCUCAGGAGUUGGGUAUUCUUGGGCUUGUCUUUUGGACUACUAGUGCUUGUGGAUUUAUGGGCUACCUUCAGUAUUUUGAGCUGAUUAAGAGAGGGUAUGUUCCUAUGAAAGAUGAGAGUUAUCUCAGCAACGGAUACUUGGAAACUCCUAUAGAUUGGAUACCAGGUAUGAAGAACGUUCGCCUCAAAGACAUCCCUAGCUUCAUCAGAACCACGGACAUCAAUGACACCAUGCUCAAUUUCGAUGGAGGAGAAGCACAGAAUGCUCUCAAAGCCUCAGGCCUAAUCCUAAACACAUUCGAUGAACUAGAACAUGAAGUUAUCGAAGAAUUGAAGAAGAUAUGUCCCCAUUUAUACACCAUAGGACCAUUACCAGCAUUUGUAAACAAUAUACAAGAAAACCAAUCAAAAUCCAUCAACUCUAGUCUUUGGAAGGAGGACACACAAUGCCUAGAUUGGUUGAACAAUCAAGAACCAGAUUCAGUCGUGUACGUAAAUUUCGGUAGUAUUACAGUGAUGACAAUGCAACAGCUCGAAGAAUUUGGUUGGGGUCUUGCCAACAGCCAGAACUUGUUCCUGUGGGUAAUCAGGCCUGAUAUUGUUGGAGGGAGCAUUGGACUCAGUGCAGAGUUUAGAAAGGAAACUGAGAGUAGGGGUAUUAUAGUCAAUUGGUGCCCUCAAGAAAAAGUGUUAUCCCACCCUUCAAUUGGUUUAUUUCUGACCCACAACGGAUGGAACUCAACACUGGAGAGCAUAUGUGGAGGAGUUUCAAUGUUAUGCUGGCCCUUUUUUGCCGAGCAACCUACAAAUUGUCGAUAUGUUUGCACCAAAUGGGAUAUCGGAAUGGAGCUAGAUAGCAAUGUGAGAAGAGCAGAGGUUGAAGGACUUGUGAGGGAGAUGAUGCAAGGGGAGAAGGGGAAGGAGAUGAGAUCGAUGGCGAGGGCGUGGAAAGAAAAGGCAGAGGAAGCUGUAGGAAGAGAGGGAUCAUCUUAUGAAAAUUUUGGUAGACUUGUAAAUGAUCUGCAGAUUGGAAGAGUAUUGCUUGGCAAAAGUCUUUAAGCUUAAUUAUUAUAAGGUAGAUAUAGUGUCGAUAUAGGUUUAUCAUGGAUAAUACUUGCAUGAUGCCCUUUCUUUGUGAAAUGGAUGGUUGUGGAAAUGGCACAUAUACAACCUGCUAAAUGCAAAGUAAGGAAUAAGAACACAAAUUUUUACC